CUCACACACACCCCCCCGACAUCCCGACUUCGAUUUAACAUCUCUAGUUUCUCUACUCUUCCUCCUCCGCUCUCACUUUGUCAUCUCAACUCUGCUAGCCCGCCUCUUCCGAGUUGCAGACGGACCCUUUCCACUCACUCGCGUUCGAACUACUGUAUCUUUUGUCUUUUCUGUCUAGGAAGACCGGUGUUCUUGCGGAUCUAUUUGCUUCUUUUCUUAGUUACUAGAGAUACCAUCUACAUCAACCUACGACGACGACUUUACGAAGCAACUGGAUGACUGUCUGAGGGGGAACGUGAUCUGUAUGCGACUGGUCGAUUCUCCACUCGCCGCCCAACACGCGUGAACGAGUCCACGAAACGAACAAUACCACCCAAAAGCCACCCCACCGCCGAAGCCUCCGAGGCUGACCCAGUAGACGCCCACCACAUCGCCCAACGCCACCAAACAGCCAAAUCUCCAAGCAAGGGCUCUCUCAAUCGCGCAACGAAGAGGGACGCCAUCAUGCCCGGAAUUCUACCCAUGAAGGUCAUCAAGGUGGGCACCAGCUCCCAGAGCCGGAUAGCCCAGGCUUGCGACCGGUGCCGGAGCAAGAAGAUCCGUUGCGACGGCAUCAGGCCGACUUGCUCCCAAUGCGCCAACGUUGGCUUCGAGUGCCGCACGAGCGACAAACUGAGUCGCCGCGCCUUUCCUCGCGGCUACACCGAGUCUCUCGAGGAGCGCGUGCGCCAGCUGGAAAACGAAGUCAGAGAACUGAAAGACCUACUGGACGAGAAGGACGAGAAGAUCGAUAUGCUGUCGAGGAUGCACGGGAACCACAGCCACGCGGGCCAUCGCAGCCCCUCCGUCACAGCGUCGGCGCAUUCACCGGCAUCCGCCGCCGAUGCGAGGAAAGAUGCCGGGACCCCUGUGAAAGAGGAUACUUUCCGCGUGCAGGCGUCGCCGUUGUUGCUCGGCGUCGAGAACUCGGAUUCGUACUUCAUGGGGCCGUCAAGCGGCCGUGCCUUUAUCGAGGCGUUUAAGCGCAAGAUGCAAGAGAACGGCAAAUCUUGCUCGGAUUUCAACCCGGAAGCCUUCUUGCACAUCCAGGGCUGCCAUCCCCUGACAACAAAGUCACCGGAGCAGUCUCUGAAGGUGCCCCCGCGUCUGUUUUCCGACCGCUGCGUCAACGUCUACUUCCAAGAAUGGGCACCUUUGUUCCCUGUGUUGCACAAGCCAACGUUCCUACACAUCUACGAAGAAUUUGUCUCCGACCCGGAAAAGGUCAAGAAUAGCCACAAGAUCGCGCAGCUGUAUCUGGUUUUCGGAAUUGCCGCACUGGGUAGCGACCAGCCCGACCUUGAGCAGAUCGCCGCAUGCGAGCAGCAAUGGCAUCGAGCCGUUGAGGCCGUCCUCAUGGAGAACACCAUGGUCACCCUGCAGUGUCUCGAGCUGGCACUCAUUUACUGCAUAGUGAGAGCGGAUUACAAGCGCCUUCAACACUACAAGGGCAUCGCCGUGGGUUUGUCCCACCGCCUCGGACUCCACCAGAGUCAGAAGCGUUUCUCGUUCGGCGCGCUCACCAUCGAGACUCGUAAGAAGGUUUUCUGGACGCUCUACACAUUGGACUGCUUCUCUGGUGCCAUUCUCGGCCUGCCGAAACUGCUCAAGGAGGAUGAGAUCCACACAGAGUACCCGUCAGACACCGACGACGAAUACGUGACCGAGAAGGGCUUUCAGCCGACUCUUCCCGGCGAGUACACUCGCCUGUCGAGCGCUCUCGCGCUCUUCCGCUGCUGCCGAAUUCUCGCCAAAGUCAUGGAGAAGAACUACCCGGCAGCCACAUCUCACGAGCUGUCGUUGCAACAGAUGUCUGCUAUGGAAGCCGAACUCGACGAGUGGUGCGAAUCUUUGCCUACCCAUCUCAAACUCACCUUCAAGCAAGACAAGCCUUCGACAGACGUCACUGGAAGCCGGUCUCCGUUGCUCGCGCUUGCAUACUAUUACACCAAGACGCUCAUCUUCCGUCCCGCAGUUGGGUCAUCGCUUGGCCACAAGGCAGCGCCUGCGAUGAUGUCGAUUGCCGAGUCCGCCAAGCACGUUGUCCAGAUCAUCCAGCUGCUCGAGGAACGCAACAUGACCUUCUCCUUCUGCCUCAACAAAACAGAUACGCUUGUGAUCUGCGGCAUCACUCUUCUGUACCAGAGUUUCGAGUUGAAGCAGGACAGCAAAAUGUUGAAAGAUGUUGAGCGCCUCGUCAACAGCGUCCUCCAGAUUCUCACAAAAGCAAAGGCCCCGGGCUCUUUCGACCUCAAGCGCGUAGCCGGCAUCCUCAUCCGACUUGACGAGACCAACCUGCCCACUCCGCCACCACAGCAGAUUCCAGAGGCAUCUAUGCCCGCGCCGCAGAAGUCGUCGCCACCCGCGCCAGCCCCCAAGAAAAAGUCGCCUUCACAGACCCUCGGUCGCUUGCCGAGUGCCUCCGCCAGUGAUGGCAACUUGGUCCAGCAACAGGAGAAGAUGCGUCGUAUGACGAUGCCCAGCAUUCAGAACCGCCCGGAGUUGUAUCGAUCACGUUCGAAGCCGUCGUUCGACAGCCACCAACAGCAAGACAUGGCCGCGCGUCGCGACCAGCGGCUCUCCAUGUCCCAGAUCGCCAACCGCAUCCGCACAUCAACGAAACAGAAUCUCGACUACCUUUCCCUUAACAGCACGCCCAACGGCUCCUUGCCAUCGUCUCCGACCACUGCACGGCUACACCAGCACAUCCUCGCCGCUGCCCACCACAACCUCUAUGCCCAGCACCAGCAGCAACAACAACAACAUCAGCAGCAACCGCACAAGGCUUCGGGCGUGUCCUCAUCAGAGUGGGAAGCCCUUCUGGGCUCCAUGGACGGUGGGCUGAACAACGUCUACGACGCCAUUUACGGCGGUGGAGGCGGCGCCUUGCCAACCAUGGGCGAGACGCCGGCGUCGUCCUCAACGGGGCUGGACAGCUGGAGUCCAGACUCGUGGGACCUGGCCAACUUCAACAUUGGCGACUUCGGCACGAACCCUGCGCCGCCGCAGAGCGUGCUGAGCGUGAGCGAGGAGAGCCUCAGCUCGGGAGAGGACCUGGCAACGAGCGAUCUGAAUGUCAGCAGUCUGGAGUACCGGAACGCGCUGCUAGCAUCGUGCGGUGCGAAUGGAGACGGGCUGUUUCUUGAUGGGCUAGAUGGUAAUUUUGGACUGUGAGUGGGCUUUACAAGGGGGGUUUUUUUUUUCUAAGUUUUUUUACAACGUGGAAAACUCGGGUGUUGGGAUCAUGGAUGACUUUGGGGCGGCCUUGGGAACGAUCGGACGGAUAAGCCGGGAUAGACAGGCCUUUUUAUUUUGGAACAUGGUGGUAUUGUAUGUAUGUCCAGCACCGGGUCGGUGCCCGGAAGCAAACUUUUGGAUACUUGAGUAUGAAUUUCAAAUCUCGACCUUCGAUGGUCGUCUUUGUCAUGUCUCCGGCGACCUGUCUGUGGCACUCCUGAGACGUUUGCACCACUUGACAUUGCCGAGGCUUCAAAAUACGUGGUUCAAUUUUGUUCGGAACAAAACCAUCAUCAGCACU